AUGAAGGUCCAGAUUGGGUUGUGUGUUGUGUUGUUGGCAGUGUUUUGCUGCUGUGUGUCGGCGGAAGAAACAAGCCCAGAUCGUAGCAAGCGACACGAUUAUCCAGGCUUUGGAGGUGGAUACGGAGGAUACGGAGGUUAUGGUUAUCCAGGCUUUGGUUUUGGACACGGUGGACAUGGGCACGGAUAUCCGGGAUACGGUGGUGGCUACGGACUGUACGGAGGCAGCCUUGGACAUGGCGGACAUGGAUUCGGUCAUGGUCACGGUGGUUACGGUGGUUACGGCGGACAUGGUUAUGGAGGUUAUGGUGGAUACGGACACGGCCAUGGUCACGGUUAUCCUGGUUUCGGAGGAUUCUUCGGCUAAAAGGAGUGCAAGUGAACAGACAAGAAUAUCGAACUGUUGGACAGAUUUCAAACGGACAGUACGAUCUGAAACAUCAGUUAAAGCCAAAUAUACCAA